CCAUUAUUUUUCGCAUUCAAUCAUUUUAUUCCGCGAUAUUCUCUCUCCCCAAACACAUUCCCAAAAAGAAAAAGAAAAAAGAGCAGUUUAAGCCAACGAGAAGACAAUGACCGAUCAGCUCACGGAUGAUCAGAUCUCUGAGUUCAAAGAGGCCUUUAGCCUAUUUGACAAGGAUGGCGAUGGUUGCAUCACUACUAAGGAACUGGGGACUGUGAUGCGAUCGCUCGGGCAGAACCCUACCGAAGCGGAACUGCAAGAUAUGAUUAAUGAAGUUGAUGCUGAUGGAAAUGGGACAAUCGAUUUUCCUGAAUUCCUUAACCUGAUGGCAAGGAAGAUGAAGGAUACUGACUCCGAAGAGGAACUUAAAGAGGCUUUCAGGGUGUUCGACAAAGACCAAAAUGGUUUCAUAUCUGCUGCGGAGCUACGCCAUGUCAUGACAAAUCUUGGUGAGAAACUUACAGAUGAAGAGGUUGACGAAAUGAUCCGUGAAGCUGAUGUUGAUGGCGACGGGCAGAUCAACUACGAGGAGUUCGUUAAAGUCAUGAUGGCCAAGUAAGGUUCUCACCAACCAUUACAAAGUUCCAAAAAUUGAUAAAAAAGAACAGGGAAGACAGGCUUGCUAAGACUUGUAUUUCUGAAUAGGACCUUCUAUGUUAUUAAUUUACUAGCUUUUUUAUUUGGUUGUAUCUCUUUGUUGCUUGAAUUAUUUUACCGCCCCGUACCUUAGUAUCAUACUUAUUUGCUCUGCUUUUUUGCUCA